ACAUCGCUAGUUUGUUUACAAUGUACCUACAUUUGGCGCCAUGCUGGAGCCUGGAAUCAUAAAAAAAUUAGACGAGGUGGUUGUCAAUCGCAUAGCCGCUGGGGAAAUUAUCCAACGUCCAGCCAAUGCACUGAAGGAGUUGUUGGAAAACAGCCUAGAUGCCAAAUCAAGCCAUAUUCAAGUAAACGUAAAGUCCGGUGGCCUGAAGCUGCUGCAAAUCCAGGACAAUGGCACUGGCAUACGCAAAGAGGAUUUGUCCAUCGUCUGCGAACGUUUUACCACUUCGAAGCUGAGCAAGUUUGAGGAUCUAACUGAAAUAGCCACAUUCGGUUUCCGGGGCGAAGCGCUCGCCAGCAUCAGUCAUGUCGCCCACCUGAGCAUUCAAACCAAGACAGCAAGCGAGCGUUGCGGCUACAAGGCCACCUAUGCGGAUGGCAAGCUACUUGCCCCGCCAAAACCCUGUGCCGGCAAUCAAGGCACUAUCAUUACCAUUGAGGACUUAUUCUAUACAAUGCCACAGCGUCGGCAGGCGCUCAAAUCCCCUGCAGAGGAAUUCCAAAAGAUCUCCGAUGUGCUAGCCAAGUAUGCCGUCCACAAUCCACAGGUGGGUUUCGUGUUGCGCAAGCAAGGCGAACAACCAAGCUUGAAAACGCAAGCGUGCAGCUCGCGGACAGAGAAUAUACGGGGUAUCUAUGGCGCUGCCGUUGCCAAGGAGCUGAUGGAGUUCAGUCACAAGGAUGAGAUGUUCAAGUUCGAGCUGGAGUGUCUGCUCACCCAGGUGAAUUAUUCAGCCAAGAAGUCAACGCUACUCCUGUUCAUCAAUCAUCGACUGGUUGAGUCCUCAGCUCUUAAAACUGCUUUGGAUACUGUUUAUGCAACGUAUUUGCCACGCGGUCAGCAUCCGUUUGUCUACAUGAGCCUUAUGCUGCCGCCCCAAAAUCUGGACGUCAAUGUCCAUCCUACCAAGCACGAGGUGCACUUUCUCUACCAGGACGAGAUCAUUGAGCGCAUCAAGCAGCAAGUAGAGGCAAAGCUGCUGGGUAGCAAUGCCACGCGGAGCUUUUACAAGCAGCUCAAGCUGCCGGGCACUGUGGAUCUGGAGGCAACCCAAACGCUGGACAAGACGCAGCGCAUCUACGAAAAGGAUAUGGUGCGCACCGAUGCCACCGAACAGAAGUUGGAAAAGUUCUUCAAAGCGCUGGAAAAAACUGAUUCUGGACUAUCCUCCAGCUCUGGCAAUGAGACGCUGUCUCAGGAGGAGAGCUUCCGGGUGACGGCCGCGCGCAAAUCCAAGGAGGUGCGCCUCACCAGCGUUCUGAACAUGCAGCAGAGCGUGGAGCGCCAGUGCCAGGUAUCAUUGCGCAGUAUCUUCAAACAGCUGGUCUACGUGGGCUGUGUGGACGAGCGGCACGCGCUCUUCCAGCACGAGACGCGCCUCUACAUGUGCGACACGUUUGCCCUGAGCGAGGAGCUCUAUUACCAGCGCUUGAUCUACGAGUUCCAGAACUGUCCAGAGGUGCGUGUGGUGCCGCCAUUGUCGCUGCAGCAGCUGUUGCUCAUUGCGCUGGACAGCCGCGCCGCCGGCUGGGUGCCCGAGGAUGGGGAUAAAACGGAGCUGGCGGACAAUGCUGUGGCCAUCCUCCAGGAAAUGGCACCGCUAAUGCGCGAAUAUUUCUCGCUGCGCAUCUCGGAGCAGGGCUGCUUGGAGUCCUUGCCAGCACUGCUGCCCCAACAUGUGCCCAGUCGCGCCCAGUUGCCCGUCUAUCUGCUGCGCCUGGCCACCGAGGUGGAAUGGUCAGAGGAGACGCAGUGCUUCGAGACGUUUUGCCGAGAGACCGCGCGCUAUUAUGCCCAGCUGGACUGGCAGGACGAUGGCGACAUGCGCAGCCAGCACUGGUAUAUGGAGCAUGUUCUAUUCCCAGGUUUCAAGAAGUAUCUGCUGCCGCCCGCACGUCUCAAGAAGCAUCUCUACGAGCUGACCAGCCUGCCCACCUUGUACAAGGUCUUUGAACGUUGUUAAGUUU